CAAGCUUUUUCUGACGCAUUUUCUGACGCUGUCUUUAAUUUAGGUAUAUUUAUAUAAUUAUUUAUUUUAUGAACAAUUUGAACGUAACAAAUUGAAUACUGAGAAAUAUUAGCGGGAACUUUUUUUCCAAUGAAUAUACAUGACAGAUAUUAAAUACUAAUAUUAUGGGUUUAAUACAGUCGGUAUUUUGUUCGAUGAUCUUUUGUGUCGAAAGGGUCUUAACCUGGGCAUGUUGCGCGUUCGUAUUAAUGUUGCUCAUGUUCACUAUAAUCAUACUCAUGGUAUAUGGUAUAUCAGUGGGAUACCACUACGCUCAGAAAGAACUAGCCUCGUUUGCAAUGUCAUCAAGGUCAACUACUGAGGAAUCGAUUAUGAGACGUUCAGGUCAAGAAGGUAGACCUGUGGUCCGACUAGUCGCUGUUAAUCGAUCCGAAGUUGAACACGCUCCAGAACCUAUCCUCGAGGUUUACCAAACAAGAAGUCCAGGGGAAAAGGUGUUUUUGGAAACAACGGAAACUCCAGUAGUAUUUUUGGAAACUGAGAGACCUCCUAAGGAGCCAGAACUUUUACCCCAUGAAAGAGAUUUAGCACGAAGAUUAAUUGGUAGAUUCAGACGAUCUAGAAAUACAACGACGACAAAUAUCCCAUUUUUAAGACCUCUUAACAGCACGGAACCACCCAUACCUCUGGUCGGAAAAUGAUUUAAAAGAAUAUUACUUACAAACUUUAUGAAAAUUGUACGUUGGUCACUUCGAUUACUUAUUUAUUAGCAUUUUGUCAUCAAUGUUUGACUAAUGAUCACUUUAAACAAGAGGAACUAUGAAGAAUCUUGUCGGAAAUGAAAAAAUAUACAUAUAUAUUUAUUGAUGUGUUUUAAAAACCAUACAUUUCUUAAAUAAAAUUCCUGAAUAUAAAA